UAAACUCAGCAUUGUGGAUCCUGUCGCCAUCGCCGAUUAGCCUCUCGACCGUUGCCACAGGAAGCAGAGCCACGGCGUGCCGGAACGAUCCUCCCCCUCCCUCGUCCUCAUGGCGUCGCCGCCGCCGGGGUCUCCGGCGUGGUCGGUGGCCGUUCGCCUGAGGCACCGCUGGGGGCUGGACAUCCGCGCCGCAGCGGAGAACGUGCUCCCCGGAUGGGGCCGCGGCGGGGAGCGCCUGUCCCUGCUGCUCCGCUUCCGCCGCUGCCUCAUCCUCACCGUCACCUCCCAAUGCGGCGCACGCCCUGCGGCGGCCACGCAGCCCGGGGCGCCGCCGCGCGGCUGCAAGAUCCUCCGCUUCCUGCGCAGCAGGUGGGAGCGGCUGCCGCGGGGCGCCACCAUCUCCAUCUGGCGGCGCAAGAAGCAUUCCCCGGCGCGCGUCGCCGCCGCCGCGCCGCGGGGCCGACGGGCUCAGCAGAGACGAAUGCCGACGCGGCCCGGCUUCCUGGCAAUGUCAUGGCCGCCGACGUCGCCGGCGGCGCUGCGAUUCGCCGUCGCCGCCGUCGCGGUGGUCGUCGCAUCCAUCUUGGUGUUCCGCACCACGAGGUGCAUCGGCUGCUGGAACUGGAGAGGACGCAACGGCGAACGGAUUGCCCGCUGGGCGAAGUUCUUGGAGCUGAUGGAGCAUUCUCCUCCCUACCACAAGUACAAGCGGCUGCUUGGCGUGCCCAAGCGAGGAAUGGAGUGGAUCUUCAGCAAGUAGAGCUCUGAUUCACCCAGGUCAGAUGAGAUGGAAGGCGGCUGGGUUAGUAGGGUUCCUGACACGCGCAGCCUAAGUUAAUUUAAUGUUCGUGUUAUAGAUGGUGAUUGGGGUUUGUACAAUCAAAUAGGCUGAUCUGAUUUUUGAGGAACAAACUGGUUAUAGCGACUUCGUUUUGGUCUGAUUGUGUCUUUACAAUACCAACUCAACAGUUUGCACA